CCCAACUCAAAACAUCAAAAUUCAUUUGCAACACUUAGCCUAAUACUCCACUCUUUUUACUUUCCUCCGCCUUUCUUUAUUUCUCAUUUUUUCCUACAAGAAAAAAAUGGCAAUUAAUCCUACAUUCUCAGUUUCUUUGGUUCUCAUUUUGAUCAAUGUUUGCGUACUAGGCGCUUAUGCCGGUUACGGUGGUUGGACGGAUGCUCAUGCCACAUUUUACGGUGGAGGUGACGCCUCUGGCACUAUGGGGGGAGCGUGUGGGUAUGGAAACUUGUACAGCCAAGGGUACGGGACUAGCACCGCGGCACUAAGUACCGCGUUGUUUAACAAUGGAUUGAGCUGUGGUUCAUGCUAUGAACUCCGAUGCAAUGACGACCCGAGAUGGUGUCGCCCUGGUAGCAUAAUUGUGACUGCCACCAAUUUCUGCCCUCCGAACCCUUCUUUGCCUAAUAACAAUGGUGGAUGGUGUAACCCUCCUCUUCAACACUUUGAUUUGGCCGAGCCUUCUUUCUUGAGGAUUGCCCAAUACCGUGCUGGAAUUGUCCCUGUUUCCUUCCGAAGGGUACCCUGUGUUAGAAAAGGAGGGAUAAGGUUCACAAUCAACGGACACUCUUACUUCAACUUAGUCCUAAUCACAAACGUUGGUGGUGCGGGCGACGUUCACUCCGUGUCGAUUAAGGGUUCGAGGACCGGGUGGCAACCUAUGUCAAGGAAUUGGGGCCAAAAUUGGCAAAGCAAUUCUUUACUGAAUGGGCAAAGCCUCUCAUUCCAAGUUACAGCUAGUGAUGGAAGGACUGUUACAAGUAACAAUGUUGUUCCUGCUAAUUGGCAAUUUGGACAAACUUUUGAGGGUGGUCAGUUUUAAUUAAAUUAGUUAAGUUAAUUAAAACAUAUUGCCUAUUUUUCCUAUAAAAUAUUAAAUAUUUUGAAGAGUGUAAAAUUAAAAAAAAUUAAAAUUUGUAAUUAUAUUUGGAAAGAGGAGAGAGAAAUUGAUAGGGAAAGGUGGUUGGCCAUAUUUGUGGCUUGGAGUUGCUGUGGUGCCUAAUGUUUGGCACCCGCUAAAGCCCUUUAUUUUGUUUUUGGUAAUUUUUAUUUUUAAGUGAGUAAUUAGUUAAUUAGAUAUUUUUAUGAAAAUAUGAAUUUUCCAAAUAGCUAUAUUAUAAAGCUUUUGGAUUAUAUCAUAUUCUUCUGUAUGUAAAGACUAGAGUGAUUGCUCGAGUGUUUUGUACUCUGUAGUAAUCUGAUUUAGUCAAUCAAUUAUUAUGAGAAUGAUGAUUUCAGAUUUUGCAAUUA